AUGGAAAAACAAGUCGAAGAAAUCGUGUUACUUCCGACACAAAGUGAAACACAACGCCAAAGUGAAAACCAAACAUUUCUCCGAUUACAAACUAGUACCAAAGAUUAUGCAUCAGAUGAACAACAUCAACAUAUAAUUACAAGACUAAUCAAACCAACUAAUCUAGAAAUUUUAUACAAAAACCUUUUCCUAUGGGUUUUUCUAUUGGGUUGCGUUUUUCUCUUGGCUGCUCCAACCGCUUUACAUUUUUCUUAUGUUUUACCGGCGGCAAAACCACGUACAAUACCUCUGAAUGAAUUUAGUGAAGAACGUGCUCGUGAUCACUAUCCUAAUUUAACUGAACAUGGCCCCAGAGUUAUACAUACACGUGCUGAUUAUCUUACACGUGCUUAUCUUAUUUCACAAAUCUAUCGGAUUCAAAAUCUGACUAGAAAAUCAAUUCGAUUCGAAAUAAGUUUACAAAAUUUUUCUGUUAUGGAUAUUAACGAAUUACAAAAUAUAGUUGUUCGUGUUUCAAAUCCAAACUCAUCAUAUGAUACGCCUUGUUUAAUGUUGACUGCUCACUAUGACUCAGUUGAAUUUAGUCCCGGUGGUAGUGAUGAUGGUUCAGGUGUUGUUAUCUUGCUUGAACUGCUUUCUAAUCUAGUCAAUGAUCCAACAGUAACAUUUACUGAUGUUCAUUUAAUCGUUUUAUUUACAAGUGCUGAAGAAAUCUAUUUAUUUGGUGCCGAAAAAUUCGUUACAAAUCAUCCAUGGAAAGAUAAUGUGCGUCGAUUUAUUAAUAUUGAUUCAACCGGUGGAAAUGAAAAGGCAAUUUUAUUUCGAGCUAUACCAUCACAACUUGUUAGGGAUUAUGGUAAAGUUAAGAGACCACAUGCGAAUGUCAUGGGCGAUGAAAUCCUUGCAUUAUCAGGAUCAGAUACUGAUUACAGUGUUUUUACUAGAAAAGGACUUUUAUUAGGAUAUGAUUUUGCCUAUUAUAUUGAUGGUUAUAAUUAUCAUACAAUGAUUGAUAAACCAUCGAUUGUUGAAAGUGGUGCCUUACAACAUUUAGGUGAAAAUACACUAAUGUUAUCGCGUAAUAUUCUUCUUGGUCAUGUGAAUCUUCGACAACCGAAAACUAUAAUUGAUGAUGAUAAUGUAAUCUAUUUUGAUAUACUUGGUCUACAUUUAGUUUCGUAUACAAUUUCAACAUCAGUAAUAAUACAAUCAAUUCUUAUUGGAUUUGUUGUUCUCAUAGGAAUUCUAAUGAUUCUUAUUGAUCACAUAUGGUACAACGAAAAUGCUAAUACAAAUGAUUUUUCUUCAGUUUAUUUUUAUUUUAAAUAUCCAUUAGUUAUGCGAAUUCUUUCAAUAAUACUAUUUUUCAUUUGCUAUCUAUUAUCAAUUCUUAUUGGUAUAUUAUUUGCUCUUGGCAUUGCAUUUAUUAUGUGGCAUAUUCGACCAUUAUCAUGGUAUGGUAAUUCUACAUUAGCAUUUUUUCUCUAUGGAUUACCUUGUUUAAUUGGUAUUAUUCUUUGUGAAGCAUUAUGGACAUGUUUACGGCGAUUUCUUUUAUCAAAAUAUCCGAAGAGAAAUCCAAUGGAAUUAAAUACAAUUAAUCAUAUAAAUCGAUUAUGCUUUAAUUUUGAACGUCAUUGGGCAUUACUUCUUAUUUUUGUCUGCUUCAUGAGUAUUUCUAUAUGCACUGGUAUACGAUCAUUGUAUAUUAUACUUUUAUGGUCUAUAUUUAUUUGUCCAAUUUAUUUAUUAUUAAUUCUAUGCGAAUUCUAUUGUCGUUGGAUGAAAAAAAAAAUUUUUACGAUUUUCAAUGAACAAGGCUGGUACUGGUUGUUUGCACCUUACAUCAUUUCAUUAAUACCAUUAACGCAUACACUUGAAAUGACUAGUCGAAUCGUUCGUCUAGCUAUUCCAAUUAUGGGUAGAAUGAUGCAUCCAAUGCGAAUACCACAAGAUUUCAUUAUAUGUGUGAUUAUUAUAAUUCCAGCUGUUCUAUUUUUCCUGGUUUUUAUUCCAAAUAUUCAACGCAUGAUGAACUACAGCCGAACAUUAAUUAUUUUGAUGAUUAGUUUUUUUAUUGUAUUUCUUGUAGCAUACACGAGACAAGCAUUUACAAAUACUCAUCCCAAACUAAUUCAAGUUCGACAUACGUCACAAACAAUUUAUUCCAUAAAUAAUUCAAUGAAACCCCCCAUGAUGAUUCCUGUUUAUUCAAAAAAAGCAUUCAUUACAAUUCAAUCUUUUGAUAAUCUGGUUUUAACACCAACACUUGAUGAAAUUUCAAGUAAAACUGGUUAUUUAUUAAAUAAUAUAUUGUGUUCAACAACAACAAAAUGUUCAUUUGAUGAUACAUCUAAUCGUACAAAACCAUUUCGAGAAGUUGAAUUAACAUCGAUGGAUAAUUUCAAUAAUUAUAGAUUUACAAUACGACAUUCUUCAUCGUAUUUCAUAGGUGUAACACCGUCAAUGUUGACUACUAUAACUGUACACAAUUCAAUGAUAAAACCACGAACAGAAACGAUUAUAGAUGCUCAAAUAAUUAAAGGAGCAGGAUCUUUUGAUCUUGAGCUUAAAUUGGAACGAUGUGACUUGAAUGAUUCUCCUUUUCUCGUAUCUUUGACGGAAAAGCUGCCUCAUAUUGUACUAUUAGGUGGUCCUCGUUGUCGAGCAAUUACAGAUGUUCUUAUUCUUUCAGUUUAUCGUUAA